AUGGACGACAAGCAAAUCCCCAUCACCCACUCGGACUCUCCGGACAACAGUGGUCUCGACGUCCUCACCGGCCAGGACGACCUCGAGAACACUGGCAAGACGAGAUGGCAAAAGUUCUGGCCUGCAUUCGCUUGCGGUUCCGGUCUGUUCUCCGACGGUUACCUGCAAGCGUCUAUUGGCCCAGUCAACCACUGCUUGGGCUUGCUGUAUCCCAAGCAGUACGAGCAUAGCACCUACCACCAGAACAUCACCGCCAUUGCCUUCGCCGGUACCGUGGUUGGGCAGCUCUUCUUUGGUUACACCUCCGACAGAUACAGCCGCAAGAACAGCUUGCUCGCCUCCACCAUCAUCCUCAUCGUCUUCGCCGCCCUUGGCGCUGGUGCUUGGGGCGCCAACGGCACCGUCAACGGCCUGCUCGCAGCCCUGACUGCGUACCGUUUCCUGCUCGGUAUUGGUAUCGGUGGUGAAUACCCUGCUGGCUCCGUUGCUUGCGCCGAGGCUACCGGAGAGUUGAAGUCCGGCACUCGUAACCGCUGGUUCAUCAUGUUCACCAACGUCGCCAUUGAUAUCGGCUUCGUCGGUGGUCCCCUCAUCGCCAUGAUCAUCUCCGCCGGCACCAGCAACUUGACCGUCGUCUGGCGUACGACUCUCGGUCUUGCGGUCGUCCCACCCUUCCUCCUCCUCUACCUUCGAUUCAAGCUGAAGGAGCCUGAGUCGUACUCGCGCGAGAACUUCAAGCGUGGCAAGACACCCUACUGGCUCGCGCUCAAGUUCUACGCCCCACGUCUGCUCGUCGUCAUGACCAUCUGGUUCAUCUACGAUUUCCUGACCUACCCAUUCGGCAUCUUCUCCACCGUGUGGAUUGCAGACAUCACCCCCAACCCCAAGCUCUGGCAGACGUUCGGCUGGUCUACCUUGAUCAAUUUGUUCUACGUGCCCGGCGCUCUGCUCGGAAGCAUUCUCAGCGACAAGCUCGGCCCUCGUCUCGCCCUCAGCAUCUUCGUUGCUGCCCAAGGCAUCGUUGGCUUCAUCAUGAGCGGCACCUACCAAUGGCUCCGAAUGCCCCAGAAUGUCGGCGGCUUCGUCGUCGUCUACGGCAUCUUCCUCAUGCUUGGCGAGAUGGGCCCGGGCGACAACAUUGGUCUGAUUGCAGCCAAGUCCUCCAGCACCGGUAUCCGUGGCAAGUACUACGCCAUCGCCGCCGCCACGGGCAAGAUCGGCGCCUUCGUUGGCACCUACGUCUUCCCCAUCAUCGAAGCCGACGGCGGCGGGUACUACGCCACCAAGGGCGGCCAGUACCCCUUCUUCACCGCCAGCGCCCUCUGCCUCUUCAGCGCCUGCAUCGUUUGGCUGCUUCCCCACAUCGACCAAGACACCAUUACAAAGGAGGAUGCGCGAUUCCGGGCCUACCUUCUCGAGAACAACUUCGACAUCUCCCAGAUGGGCAACGUCGAGUGGCAAGAUAUCCGACGUGAGUCAUUGGUCCGCACUGGACAUGAGGACAUCAUCAAGUCCGAGUAG